UCGUGGUGCAGCGUGCAGGGCAGGCGUGCGUGUGUGCGUGCGCGGUAGGCGUGUGUGAGACGAGAGCGUGCGGCGGACGUCCCAACGAGAGCGCCAACAUGAGGAGAAAGGACAAGUGACAGUGACUGUGUGGCGCGUGUUGAUGCCGUGCCGUACCUGUUGAGGACUGGACUGUCAGUGUAGUGCAGUGCAAGUGUCGUGUGUUGUGCGAGUGCGUGUGUGUGUGUGUGCCAUGUGCGUCGGGCAGUGACCAGUGUCCACGCUGCAUCCCCUGUCACCCCUCGGACCCAUUGCAUCAGAGCCGAUAACGGAUUUAUUGAAGAUGCAAACGGCCCUCCAGACGCACCCCCAUCACUUGGCCUCAACGCCCUCAUGGCCGUGUGCCGAGGACCUGCAGCACAAGGGACACAGCGGUGUGAACCAGUUAGGGGGGGUGUUCGUCAGCGGCCGACCCCUGCCAGACCAUACCCGGCAGAAGAUCGUGGAGCUCGCCCACUCGGGCGCCCGACCUUGCGACAUCUCCAGGAUACUACAAGUGUCCAACGGCUGCGUCUCCAAGAUCCUGGGCAGGUACUACGAGACGGGCUCCAUCAGGCCGCGGGCCAUCGGCGGCUCCAAGCCCAGGGUGGCGACGGCGGAGGUGGUGGCCAGGAUAAGCCAGUACAAGAGAGAGUGCCCCUCCAUCUUCGCGUGGGAGAUCCGGGACCGCCUGCUGCAGGAGUCGGUGUGCACCAACGACAACAUCCCGAGCGUAAGAUCACAAACUAUGGAGCUCAAGUAA